AUGGCUAAGAAAACCGACAAGAAAAAGGGGCGCUCUGCCAUCAAUGAAGUCGUGACUCGUGAAUACACGAUAAACGUACACAAGAGAAUCCAUGGCAUGUAAGUUCGGUAUUUUUGGUUUUUUUUAAAGGGAAUGACUUUUACCUGGAAGGUGGCAGCAAUGUAUUGGUUUAGCUCUUUAGAUUAGAAUCCGACGAUUGGCGGGGAAACAAUCUGAAGAAUUAUUAUUAUUGAAGAAAGGAUAAGUCUUGAAUGGCAGCGAAUUGGUUCUUGCAAUAACGACAUUCUGAGCUAUAGCUCGCCGAGGGGUAGACAAAACUUUUUGGAAAAGGAAAAUGUUUUAUUGAGACUUGUUAGUACCGUUUGCUUAUCCUCUAGGCUGGGGGAAUUAAGGGUAAUGUAAUAGAGCACGAGCUCGUCUUUCUGUUUCAAUGUGGAAAACUUCGUUCUCUACUUGGAUUAAAUGACAGUAGAUUUUGAGCAUAAAAUCUAGUUGUGACUUUGUCUAUUCUGUGUAAUAUUUCUUCAAAAAUGAUACAUAUAUUUUUUUUUGGACGACUCACUCAGAAUUCAAAGCCUGCUUUUUUGUUUCUGAUACCCUAGCUAUUUAGUUUAAAAACCUUCGAAUUUUGAGAUGAGUUAUAGGAAUCAAGCAUUCAAACAAAGGAACACAGGCUGAUCAGUUCAGCUUUUUUACCAUUUACCACAUUACCUCCAGAACUUUAAUUGUAUCUCUUUUACUGUCUAGUAUUUAACAAGUGUAAAUAGUGGCUGAAUGGUCUCUGACAUCUAACAAACCUAAAAGUCUUUUAUGUUACAAUUGCAUGAUGAUAUAUCAAUUGUAAGUUCUCUUUUCUUCCACAACAGUGGCUUCAAGAGACGAGCACCAAGGGCCAUUAAGGAAAUCAAAAAGUUUGCUGAGAAAAUGAUGGGAACACCUGAUAUUCGUGUUGACACCAACCUUAACAAACAUGUGUGGUCAAAGGGAAUCAGGUAUGCCAUUAUCAUCCACUAGAGUGGAGUUUCUGUUAACCUAUUCAGUUCCAAGAGUGAUCAAGAAGUAAUUCUCCUUGCAAUAUUAAACAGAUAGGUGAUGAGCAUAGAGAAAACUAUAAACUGAGAGAAAUUAUUUCAAAUUAAGCCACACUCUUAAAACUCUCAUGGAAUAAAAGAGUUAAGCAGACUUUUAGAAGAAUUACUUAUGACAUCAAGGGAGUGCAAAGGUAAAGAUUUGAAGAUGAACUGUUUUGGGUACAUUUAUGGUGUUUUUUUGCAGUCAAUUUUAUCAUCAGUGAAUGAAGGGGUAAGUUUCUAAAGAAACUGUGGUGCUGCGUCGGUGGGAGAGUGUAGCAGGUAAUUUAGUGUUGACAACUGAGUUGAAAACGUAAAUUAGCCAUCGUAAAGGGUAAAAAAGCUGAUGUUUCGAGCGUUAGCCCUUUGUCUAUUGCUCUGACGAAGGGCUAACACUCGAAACAUCAGCUUUUUUUACCCUUUACGAUGGCUAAUUUACAUUUUCAACUUAGUUUUUAACACUAAAUUACCCAAUUUUAUCAUCAUCUAGUCACAUUUUGAACUAAUGACAAUUGUAACCAUUUAAAUUUUGUAGAGUAAUUAAUGAAGUUAGCUACCUGCUACUCCCUUUUAUCUUGUGGCUCAGUUUUAACAUGGUUUGAAUUUUACUUUCAUUUGGUUUGAGUUAUUUUCAUGCUGAACAAUAUCUAUCAGUAGGGAAAAUUAAGAUUUGAACUAUGGAUACAAGUGAACUGUAGUAUGAUGCACUGCCUGUAGACCUGAGGGUAAAAACACUGUUAUUGGUUGUCACCCAUGAAUUUUCAGAACACAGUCAUAAAUUGUUUACUAGCAUGGUACACAUUUUUAUAUCUUUACACAUAAGGAAAAAAAAACUAACAUCCCAGAAGUGAUGCAGUGAAAAGUUUUGUAGUCUUUCAGUUAAUGGCAAAACAAACAUUUAAAGGGAUCUCUUACUUUCAUAUUGUAAUCUAACAACAGAAUUUUGUCUCAAAUAGAAAUGUGCCAUUCAGGGUCAGGAUUCGUUUAGCACGCAAAAGGAACGAAGAUGAAGACUCUGUUCACAAGCUGUACACUCUUGUCACUCAUGUCCCUGUAGCUUCAUUCAAGGGUCAGUGUUGUGUUGUUGAAACAGAAGAACUCCCUUAA